AUGGCUUCCAAUACCUUGCUUCUUGGUCCACCGGGGCUAUCCCCCAGUGGCGUUUCCAUGGUGCGCUCCCACCAAGCUGGCGUCGACAACCUUCAACUCGACUCUGUCAAACCCAUCAUACCGCAGUUAGGGUUCCCGAAAAACGAGUCCUUCAGUUGCUCAAACACUGUCAACCCUUGCCUGGACUUGUUCUUCUCUGCCUUGCUUUCCAUGCCAACUCAUGUCCUUGUUAAUCUGCUCGUAAAGGCCUGGUCUUACGACCCUUUAACCACCUUGAGGCUUGUUUGCAAUUUAAGAGGUGUCCGUGGCACUGGAAAUUCUGAUAAAGAAAGCUUUUAUAGUGCUGCAUUGCUUUUGGAAGGAGAGGAAGUGAGGGAAAAUGCGAAGCAAGAGUGGCAAACCAGGAAGAAAAAGAAAGGGAAAUGGCUCAAUAAAAAGAUGUAUAAAUCCAAGCGUAAGCCGCAGUUGCCAAGGGAUGUUACGGUUUCCCAGACGACAAAGAUGGCAUACGUGAAUAAGGAGAACGAGAGGAGUCUAAGAAAGGAGAGAGAGCUGAACAAGGCAAAAAAGGCCUACGAAAGGUAUUGCACCGGACCCAUGUCUAGGUUUUUAUAUAUAGCGAGGAGGAUGUUUCCAAGGAAAUCUGAUCCUGGUUAUGAGGGAAUAGAGGAGGCUCAUUAUGCAUUUAGGUUGAGAGAUAGGUUGAGAAAGCAAGUUCUUGUUCCUUUGCAUAAGGCUCUUGAAUUGCCAGAGUUGUACAUGAGUUCAAAGCAAUGGGACGCUCUGUCUUAUAACAGGGUGCCUUCUGUUUCCAUGAAAAAUUACAAGAAACAUUUCUUGUGGCAUGACAACCAAAGGUUUGUUGGGUAUAUUCAGGAUAUGAGGAAAGAAGAUGAAACAACUGCUGCUGGUGCAUUGCUUCCACAUGAAAUCAUCGCAUCUUUAAAGGUUGCAGAUGAGGUUGCAGAUUUGCAAUGGAGGAGGAUGGUGGAGGAUAUUAAAAAGAAGGGAGAAUUGAAUAACUGCAUUGCAAUAUCUGAUGUCUCUAACAGCAUGGAUGGGUCUCCUAUGGAGGUCUGUGUUGCUCUCGGGCUAUUGAUUUCAGAACUCUGUGAAGAGCCAUGGAAGGGGAAGUUGAUUAUCUGUGGCUCAAAUCCGGAGCUUCAUUUGAUCCAAGGGGAUAACCUUUGUCAAAGACUCAGUUUUUAA